UUCUUCGAUUUUCACUCCUUUUGAAUUUCUUCCUAGCACCAACAUUAUCACACAGAUGAAAGUAGUGUUGAAAUUAGAUUUCCUCGACAGCAGAACUAAACAGAAAGCCCUUCAAUCUGUUUCUGGCCUUUCUGGUGUUGAUUCAGUGUCUAUUGACAUGGAGACGAAAAAACUAACGAUAAUUGGAGAUGUUGAUCCGGUAGCGAUUGUGGGAAAGUUAAGAAAGGCCUGUCAUGCAGAACUAGAUUCUGUUGGUCCUGAGAAAGAACCUGAAAAGAAAAAAGAUGAUGAGCCAGUAAAGCCAGAGGUUGUGUAUGCUUUAAGGGCUAAUUAUUAUCCUUAUAUGCCACCAGCUUAUUAUGUUAGUAAUACUCAUGAUUACCCCAAUUCUUGUGUUAUCUCUUGAUAUGUUUUCAUUUGUUAAUGUAUAGUU